AUGACCAACACGCUAACCCUGAUAUCGAAGUACUUGUACAAGGAGCAUCCAGAUAUUGCUCGAGAGAUUACUGAGUUACCUGAAUUUGAUGCGGGUGAUCGUGAGUACUUAAUUACUAAAGAGGAGGUCAAAGAUCUUGCCAAUGGUGACUUAAACUUGAACUGCUCGGAAAUCAUUAGGAAGAUGGUCCAGUUAGGGGCUAACGAGGAGAAGGUGAAGAAUUGUAUCAUAACCACAAGAUUUCAUGAGUUACUCUAUUUUGAACGAGACCAAAGGGGUAGUUUGGCAAUAUUAGAGGAAGUCGAUCUUAAUGUUCGUGAGAAUCUAACGUCACUAUUAAUAAAUGAGAAAAAGUGGGCCGUGAAAGACGUUCAAGAGAGUCGAUAUUAUCUUGUGGAAAAUUUGUUCAAGUUGGUCGAUGGGCCAAGAGAAACAUUGGAAGAUUUGUUGAAUGAUGCACAUAGCUUCAAAGAGUUGAGGUUUCCCUCGACUAUCCCUGAUCAACUAAAGAAUACGUUAAAGUACCAUACAAAUGAGGUAUGGUUCAUCAAGUAUUCCCCAAAUGGAAAAUAUUUAGCCACUGGCUCAAAAGACACCAAGAUUAUUGUAUAUGAUGCAUCAAAUGACUACAAACUUGAGUGCGUCUUCCAACUACAUACAGAAUCAAUCACCUAUAUCACGUGGAACGAUACCUCAACCGCAUUGUUGUCGCUAUCCUUUGAUCAAAGCCUAAGGAUAUGGUCUAUUGAAGAAAGUAGAUGUUUAGUUGAAAUUGAUAGGAAAUCAGGUAUUACAAACUCUAGACUAAGUUGCGCUUCUUUUUUGGGGGAUGAUGAACUAUUGGUUGCCUCUAACGAUGGAAAGUUGUUCAUUGUUUCUACAAAACGACUGAAAGUGGUAAAGGAGUUCAAAUCUAAUAUACCACCUCAAAUUCAAGACUUUGUUAUACUAAAUUCGAAGGUUUAUGCAAUUACAUUAAACCAGGAGUUUUUAGUAUUUUCACUUGAUCUAACACUUAUCCAUAAGAUGGACUUAGAGAAGAGACCAACGUCGAUAACAUCGGUUGGGGAGAAAAUCUUAAUAAACUUGAGGCCGGGUGGGAUGAUCCUUUUAAAUGUUGAAGAUAUACCUUUUAUUGAAUCCUUCUAUGCAUUACCGAUUGCAAGCACUUCGAAUUUUGUUGUUCGUGGAACUGGUGGAGUUCACAAUGGCCAUUUGGCAUGGAUAAUAAGUGGUGGCAGAAGUGGUGAGAUCUGGAUUUGGGGAAAUCAGGGGAAUAUACUAAGAUGCCUCCAACAACAUUCACAGUUGGUCAACUGUGUAAGUUUUAGGCCAGGUACUUUGGAAUGGGCAAGUGCCAGUGACGAUGGGACUGUUUGUAUAUGGGGGGUUUGA